CACAGUCGGGAGCCGUAUGAGUAACAGGACCGGUUCUGGAAAAGUUUCGGGAGCGUAAUUCUUUGGAAUAUUUCUAAAAUCGCGGUUGUGUUUAUUGAUGGUCGUCUGUGAACGUGCACAAAAAUGAAGUGGACGGCGCUCUUUAUCAGUUUGUUUUCUUUGGCUCUAGCAGCCGAAUCAGGAGAUGGCGUCCCAUCCUUGGAAGUUAUGGCGAGAUCAUCAGUUUACAAUGUCGGUGAAAACAAAGUCAUCUACUGCAAAGGGCUAAAUCUACCUGAGAGAAUCGAAUGGUACGCACCCAAUCGUGAAACUGUAGGCGAACGCUCCAAUGUGAACUCGAGAAUAUUCUCGGAAAGGCUCAAGAACGACACAUUAGCCAGUAGUUUGGUGCUGCUCUUCAUUAGGAGCUUCAAGAUUGAAGAUAGCGGUAACUGGACCUGCAAAGCUGGCGAUCUCUUUGAAACUAUUGAAAUUAUUGUGGGUGAAAAAGUGAGCCUAAGUGCUGCUCAAGAAACAUUCGAAGGAGAGGAAACGAAAUCGGCGAGGUUCGACUGCGCUGCUAAAGGAUAUCCACCGCCGGUAUUCCAGUGGUACAAGGAUAAUACGCCUAUAGUUGCGGACAGCAAAAAAUUCUUCUUAAGGAAAAAGGAAGAUAACUAUCAACUUGAAAUCAGGAAUCUAUCUCAUCAAGAUACGGGAGAAUACACGUGCAAAGUGACGCAAAAGGCUCUAUCGCACUAUGCGCAUAAACGCGUACUUCUGAACGUUCAACAUAAACCCCUUCUCUACGAUGAAUUUGAUAACACUCGUACUAUUUCAUAUUCAAGAUACAGAACUGAAGAGGUCUACGCCAUUAUCAACGCACCAAAAAACAUCACUUGCCGUGCAGUGGGUUAUCCGGAGCCAAAAUUCGAAUGGUUCAGACGAAGCAAUGGCCACGACGAUCCCAUUACAGAUGAGGACAUGAUAGCUAACUCUCAAGAUGGCAGUAGCUCAACUUUGAUGCUGAGGAUGUACGACGAAGAAGCCUUGGGAGAGUACAAAUGUCUUGCGAGCAACGAUAAAGGCCGUGUUUAUGUUAUCUAUCACGUGCAAAAGGGGAAUAAGCCUGAUAUGCCAGACCAAGUGAGUGUAGUCAGCAUAACCAAAACUACUAUUACAUUCAACGUCACUUGCUCCACGUGCAAUAUGGCAAUUGAAGAGGACAAAUCUGAGGACCCACAAAACUUAACUAUUCUAGGGUAUACCUUCCACCUGGUACCAUUCCAGAAAGGUUUUCUUGCGGAUUGGAACUCAUCUGAGGAGUUUAAUGUGGAUAUUGAAAAUUAUACUUAUCCACAAACACUCUUCGUAGUAGGACCCCUGGCGAACGCCACAACUUACCACGUGAGAGUGUGUACACGGAAUUCCGCCGGAUGCUCCGACUUUCUGGAACUCUCAUCCACACCAACCACCGCUUUCGCUGAAAAACUGUUGUUCUCAUUCAUGCUUAUGCUCGGCACUCUGUUGUUGUUGAUGUUAAUGUAAUUUACUUUUACUAAACCUAAGGGGUAUUAUAAUAUAAUUUGCGAAUACGUGUUUUGUAAAUAUUCUUGCGUUUUCUAUGUAAUUUAGAUUAUUACGGUGUUACUAGAAUCCGUUGUUUUCGAAGCAUGGUUGGCCUUUCAGCAUUCUUGACUUUGGUGUUUUAUUUAUCAUUAUAUCAACGUGGAGGGAUAAAGGUCAGCUGGCAAAAGAACGCGACAGGGGCAACAAUUCGUUGCAACGGCAUGCUUAAGGGCGCGAAGGCAUGCUGCCCUACGGAUGCAAGGGCAUGUAAUUGUUUGUUUUGGGGUCGCUGGUGGUGCACGCGUAUUUGGUAGAGACCUGCUGUUCCAAUUAAGUGCUGGCCCUAGGCAUGCUGAGGUAUAUCUCAGUAGCGGCUGGCAUGGCACCGGGCACGGUAAAUAAAAUACCGCUCACAUCAUCAGUGUAUACUGGAUGGUGGCAAAGUCUUCUGCCCCGAUGGCCUUAAUUGUCUCUUUUCUUUAACCCGUACCCGUACCCGUACGUACGUAUAUAUAUAAAGGCUAUAGAAGAUGACUAUCAAGAAUAGUUCUUCAGUUUGCUCAAUACGGAGUAUUUUUUUAUAUUGCUUUUGAUAGAUCACGCAUGCCUCGAAGGCAACGGUAUAAGAAUAUUAUUUAUUUACUUGUCGCUAAGUACUUUGAAGCUUUCAGUUAAAUUAAGUAAUUCAGGCUUCAUAUAGAUAGGAAAUGUUUUAAUUAAGAGAGUAUGUCUGUUGUUUCAAUGUAUAAAAGUGUUCACUAUUUCGAUAGCCUGAACUCAGUUUUUUUAUACAGGCAAUCGUAUAGAUUAACGUUAUUGUAUCGAAAAUUGCUAUAAAUUAUAUGAAGCUACUAAAAUAUAAAUAUUAUGUAGAUGACAAAAUUUGCUACGAAUUUUAUUAAAAUUUCUCGUUAUUUCGGUUAUAUUUCAACAGCGAAGCAGAAAAAACAUCGUUUAUAAUAUAGUUGUACACAGUAAGAUGUCUUUACCUCUAGAGUCUGCGUAGUCCCAUAAAUGUUAUUAAACUUGUGAGUCACCGUAAAAACCAGUUCAUCCUAGAUAGACAACACAGGUUUCGCCAAUGCAUAUAAUUUUUUUUAAAUAAUUGCUUUCGUGAUCACGAUUACAAGAAGGUUGUUGUUUUAGUUACCUAUUAGAUUUUUCGGAAAACAUAUUUUCAGUAAAAGUUUUCAGUACCGGUCGAAAAUUGCUGAUGCUUUACACGAAUUUAUAAUAAUCGUUGAAAGCCCGCCAAUCUUCAUUGGCAUCGGUUGGGCACAGCUUUUUUCUUGAGCAACUCUUAAUAGGGUAAAGGUUAUGUGAAUGAUCAAUAUCUUUAUCGAAUGACGACGUCUCACUGUAAUGUAACAUGAGAAAACAUAAAGAUCAUAUAUGUUUACUAAAAAAAAGUGUUUAUAGGC